AUUCUGAGCUAUGUAGAUACAAAGUAACAAGUGCAUGUAUAUCCGUCUGAUUUAAUCUGUCCUGAAGACAAGGUAUGGUUGGGUUUUUUUUUAAUCAUACCUAUGACACAGACUUCGACGUUUGUUUGAACAGACAAUUACGGAUAAGAAAUACUUCACCUACAUACGUAUAGUUGCGUGUAGUCGUGAACGUCACGAACAGAUCUUAACAUGGAACGUCGUGACUUAUAACCUAACCAUGUCUUGUAGCAUAUUUACAAACUAUUGGACUUGUGGAUUAUUGAAUGGUUGACAUGGAUAUACAGAAAGUUCGAAACACAUUGGACUUGUACGAUAUGGAAUUAAAGAAGUUGAAAGUAAAGGGAAUGUGAAACAUGUGACAAUUUGAUUGGACGUAGGAAGAACGGAUAACACUUUCUUUACUGAUUAUAACAACAAAACAAGACUUUAUUUCUCUGAUUACCAACACAACAUACAAUCACCAUGUCGAAGAGAAUGAUGGGAACGAAGAUCACGGAUUUUAAUAAAUCUAGUUUUGAUUCAAAAUCCGGAUUGUACAAGGUAAAGCCAUACAAAAGUACAACGACUGGAGGUUACAAACCCAAGGCGUAUGUGCCUAAAAACACUGAAUAUAAGAUGAAGGAAUACAAACCCACGACGACCGGAUACAAGGGCACCAAACCCUACCAGUCACACAAUUACAACCACGUGUACGAGUAUAACCCAGAUUAUAACCCCAACCUAGAGCGGCCAAAGAGGGUUCCCAAGAGUGUUCCAAAGGUUGUUGUGACCCCGAGUCCGGCACCGUCACCCGAUAAAAGACCCGGAACUUCUGAAUCCAUGAAGAUGUGGCCAGCACGAUUCAACGCUCUAGAGAGUGUAAAACGCCAGAUAAACAUGACAUUUAAAGGUGGCUCACGUGUAGCUCCGAUACUGGAACCUAUACCGGUGUUCGAGAAAACCGAGGGCUUUACGUAAGACUUGGAAUCAGACACCUCCACUCAUAGUCAUCUCUUGAUAAUUGACUGAUUUGUGUAAUCAAGUUUACUGGUAAACAAUAAGGUGCUAACGUUGAAAUCGCUGCUCGGGUAUAGCUUAUACAAUGAUUUUAUGACAUCGUUUUUUCAAGGAGUAGUGAUCUGUUCUUGUUGCAACUCCAUCUUAUUAUAUCCAAAGGCAUUCAAAUGAACAAGUUGAUUUAUUGUGCUAAUUUAUUAUGGAAGGUGACUUUAACGGAACAAAGAAAUAGUAUGUAAGGAUUUUAAGCAGGCAACAUGAAGGCUCCAAGUUGGAAACCGUUCAAACGCCAUUUUCCCCGAAUACUAUUGAAAACAUAUAAUGUUUAUAAGAAUGCACUGCGCACUCUGUCACCAUCAACAGCCGAAUUAUCAGUCGUGCUAUUCAUUUGGUUACGUUUGUGUAUUACAACCUACAGGGACCUGAGAAUAUGAUCAUUAGGGGUGGCAUUUUUACCGAAAAUCGAUCUAAACCCCCCAAACGUGCAACAUUACUGUAAACACCUUAGUUUAGGUUCAAAUAUAGCUGUAACAAAUUCUCAGGUCCCUGUGUUACAACCUACUUCUAUCCAACAUUAAGAGUGUCUAUAUAUGUUCCAUCUUUUACUGAGGACGUCGAGACGUCAAAGAACCAAACACACACAAACCUUAUACGAACACUGCACUGAUGAUUGACGGUUGGACCUCCGGAACCUUCGGAUUUUACCGUAAAGAAGCAUGUUUUCAAUUUAUUAUAUGCUGGAGUGUUAAGAUCACCCUGCAAGACCAGUUGCACUGCAUACAAAACAUGAAUGCUUGUGUAUUAAACAAAACAUGAAUGCUUGUGUAUUAAACAAGACAUGACGAUGCUUGUGUAUUAAACAAGACAUGACGAUGCUUGUGUAUUAAACAAAACAUGAAUGCUUGUGUAUAAAACAAAACAUGAAUGCUUAUGUAUUAAACAAGACAUGACGAUGCUUGUGUAUUAAACAAAACAUGAAUGCUUGUGUAUUAAACAAAACAUGAAUGCUUAUGUAUUAAACAAGACAUGACGAUGCUUGUGUAUUAAACAAGACAUGACGAUGCUCGUGCUAAUUUAAAAGAAACUCAUACAUAUGUACUUUUCUACGCGAUAGUUGUUUUACCAUCUUAUAUUUAUUGCCCUGCGUUACUUACACUGUCCUACCAUACACAUCAUGCAAUACUUACUAGUUCUGUCAUAUGUUAUAAAAUCCCUCACAAUGCUUCUUCUUAGCUCACUUACAAACCUCAAAUGUUUCAGGGGUAAUUUGUGAAUUCUAUGUUUUUUGUAGAAUUUCUGUGAAAUGCUUCAGUUUUCUUAACAGGACUCAAUGGCCAGUUUGAAAACUUUAAAAUAACAUCAGGUUGAUUUGUAAAGUAAAAAGAUAUUGUAGCGCCAGUGUUAAGUUUUUUUGGCAAGACAAAAACAAUCAGAAAAACAUUAUCAUUUUACUGUAGUAUAAACUUGGUAAUUGUUCAGCAAACUUUAACGCUUUCAGCCUUUAUAUCAGCCUUGGUUUAAAAAAAAAAAUGGUAAUCAGUGUGUCUGUUACUCAUUGCAGGUGUUGAGAGUGGUAAAGCAUAUGUGCGCUAUGGCAGAAACAUAAAAAAA